AUCAUGUCUAACUUCAAUAAGGGUGACAAAUGGAGUUAUAAAUGCACAGACCUGCUCAGCUCUCUGCAAUCAAAAUACUUUGGAAAUCAGUUCAAACUGCACCAGGUUCAUCUGUACAAAGACGACUCUGAUGAAGAUUUUUACGUGGAUGCUGUUAACAUUGGAAAGACACCAACGACAAAUGAUGAAAAUGCUGUUGUUCACAAGAGAAGGCCACCUCCUUUUGAGAGCUCUGGUCGCUCCUUCAACAACUUGCUCAUCAGCAAAGACACAUCAGUUAAUUCACACAUCAUCUACACAAUCAGAGCCACACCCAAUGACUGUGCCUUUGGGUUCCCCAUGAUGGAGGUCGGCUUCCUGCAGCUGAACGACAGCGGCGAGGACACGAGGGAGUUCGUGCAGGGAGGAGCCAACGUCACCGUCACCCGUCUUCACCGAGCCACGCCCCCGCUGAACGGCACCUUUGAUGUGAUAGCUUACGGAGGCCGCGCUGAAAAUUUGCCCGUGGACAUCAGUGUAGAAGACAUGAAGUGCCCUGGAGGGAAUCCCAGGGAUGGGGACAGUCAAAGUCACUUCUCUGGGAAACUGCAGACAGCCCAAGUGGAGGAUCAAGUGGCUGACCAACCCUGGAGACCAGCCUCUGCUAGAGGUGGACAGCUCCUCAGUCAUCGGACAGGGGCGCAUGUCAAGGCACGUGAGAAAACAAAAGGCGGCCUGUUGAUUCGAAGUUUGACAGGAGACUUCUUUAGCGUCUUCAAAAACGAACCACAGGUGGAGGUUUGGGAUCAAUGGCAUCCAUCGUGGUGCUCUGGGGACUGUACCUUGAAUGGUCGGAGGGAGAAGACUCCCUUUGUAACAGGAAUCAGCCCAUCGCAAGGAUCUGACGGACUGGGGACUCUUUUAACUGUUACUGGAACUGGAUUUAACAGCGAAAACGCCUCCAUCAUGGUUGGAAAAACCAGGUGCCACGUCGAACAGGUCACAAGUACCACUCAGGUGUGCAGGUUGGGCAGUGCCCCCGCUGGUACGUACCCCGUGUGGGUCAUCUUCCCCUCUCUGGGUUAUUCACGCUACACAGACGAUGACGUCUUGUACUUCACCUACCAGCUGAUAGUUUCAUCUUUCUCCCCGAUGUCUGGAAGUCUGGCAGGAGGAACGAUGCUAACACUUGGAGGCUUCGGCUUUGGUCCGAACGCCGUAGUUAUGGUCGGCAGUGAUGAGUGUAUGAUGAUGCAUGCAAGUGGCACCGAGCUGAAAUGCAAAACACCUCCAGGAACUGCUGGAUCCGUGGCGGUCACGGUGACCAUGGGAAACAUGACUCAGACGGCUAACAGCUCCUUCACCUACGACGCCGACCUCACACCUCAGAUCUCAGGCCUGAGUCCUCUGGAAACCACUGUGAUCGGACACAGAGUUCUCACCAUUGAGGGAUCAAACCUCGGCGGCCCAGACAAUGACAGUUUCGUGUUGGUGGGAGGGAAGAAGUGUCUCACGCUGAUGUGGACGGCGACGAACAUCACCUGUCGCCUCCCUGUGCUGCCUCCAGGCCUGCACAAGGUGGAUGUACAGGUUGGAAACAAUGGCUACCCACAGACCAGUGUUAACACCACCAUUGAAUACAUCCUGGAAGUCCACAGCGUCUCUCCGUUGUUUGGUUCUUUACUGGGAGGAACUCGGCUGACUAUCUCCGGCUCUGGUUUCAGCACCAACAUCUCAGACAACAAAGUCUCUGUUGGAGAAGCGGAGUGUGAAGUGAUGGACGCCUCCGAGAAUGAACUGCAGUGUGUUGUGGAGUCGGAGGAGGAGACGCACAUAGUCACCAACCAGGGAGUCCACCACACUUUUGGAGAGGGCUUUGCUUGGGAUCCAGCCUCACUGACAGUGUUUGUAGGAGACACUGUGGUUUGGCGAUGGAAAGCUCCACUUUUUCAGUCUAAUGUCGGAUAUCGGGUCUUCAGUGUUGCCACCCCGAGUUCCACCGAACCUGACGGAGCAUUCAGCAGUGGGGACACAAAGACUGCUGAAGGGCACUUCAGGUACCGUUUCGGUUCCCCCGGUGUAAUUUACUACAGCAGUGGAUUCAUCGAUAACAACAACAGGAUGCUUCAGGGCGUCGUCAAAGUCCUGCCUCGAGAAGACAAGAACAGCAGAGUCUCAGUCCAAGUUGGAGGCGUGGAAGCCCGACAUGUGACCGCCGGUCUAAACCGUGUUUCCCGUGCCACGCCACAGUGCGUUGCUACAUCACAUUGUAAUCAUCCCAAUCAGACCUCACAUGGUGUUACCUUCAGCCUCGCAGCCUGCUCCACCCCCACAGUCCACUCCAUCUCACCCAACCAGGGCUCGUACCACCACGUCAUCAACAUCCAGGGCCAACGCUUCAGCAACGUGUCCUGUGCCAAUGAGGUGAUGGUGGGAAACGCGCCCUGUCAUGUGAUCAACAGCUCUUAUUCUGAAAUCAACUGCCGUCUCAGUGUCGACAGCGGGCUUCCCAUCGGCCUCGCACACCCCGUUACCCUCAGAGUUAACAACGUCGGUGACGCCAUCAUCGCCGUGCAGGAGGAGCUCCACCGCCGUUUCGUUGUGCUGCCUGUGGUCGACUCAGUGUCGCCUCCUAUUGGUAGUCCCACCGGCCACACCAGGGUCCACAUCCACGGCUCCGGCUUCUCAGCGGGAGACGUGACUGUAGCUGACGAGCCCUGCGACGUCAUCUCGGUUAAUUAUACGAACAUUAUUUGUGACACGUCCCCAUCUCAGCCCACUGUCGGUGAUGCCGUCUUCCAUUCGGGCCGAAUCCAAAGCUCCUGUCACUCCAACUGCUCCUUCCGUUACUCCUCCUCCGUCACUCCUACGCUCACCAGCAUCUCCCCCGAUACAGUCAACGGGUCAGGUCCUGUAACCAUCACAGGAACAGGGUUUGGUAGUGAAGUAGAUGAUGUAGAAGUUUUUGCCGGUGCUACAGAGCUGCAGGUUAUACAUUCAACCGACCACAACCUGACAGUCAGCGUAGACGAUCUACCUGCAGGCACACACAUGGUCACAGUGAUAGUGAGAAGCAAAGGCCUCGCUUCAGGUGCUGUUAACCUGGAAAGCGUCCCUUACGCCACCCUGAGUCCAGAUGUGGGCAGUCUGGCAGGAGGAACACCUCUUGUUUUGACAGGAAAUGGCUUUGCUCCAGGAAACACAAGCGUAAUGGUCGGUGGGCAACCCUGCAGGAUUCAGGAGGUGACGUCCAGUUGGGUUCGAUGCCUGACACCUCCAAACAGCGAGGGCGUGGUCACCGUCAACGCCCAGGUCUUCUCUGUGUCUUACCCUCCUCUGAACUUCAACUACUCAGCAGCUCAUACUCCAGUCGUCAGCUCCGUCAGCCCCUCCACUGGGCCGAGCCGUUCUCUCAUCACAGUGACCGGUUCAGGAUUUGGCACCGACCCACAGCUCGUCUCCAUCACCAUAAACCAUGAGCCCUGCAACGUCUCCUCAGUCAGUGACACGCAGGUCCAGUGUACUGUAGGAGAAAACCCAGGAGGGACGUACCCAGUCAUGCUUCAGCACCAGGUCAAAGGUUACGCCCAGUCCAGUGUUGAUUUCACCUAUGAGCUGACUCUCAGCGGUGCACAGCCCAAUGAGGGUAGUUUUGGUGGUGGUGCUCUUCUGUCCAUCCAGGGUUCUGGUUUUGACCCGUACCACUCCACUGUGCUUAUCUGUGACGAGGAAUGUGAAGUCGACAGAGAAAUGUCAACAUCAACCCAUCUGUACUGCAUGUCUCCGAUGAACAGCGGUAACACAUCCGAGGUCAGUUGCACAGUUGCCGUCUUUAACCCUCUGGAUGCCGUCAACGUAUCCGAUGGCUUCACCUACAAAUCCCAGCUCACUCCUGUGAUCACUGGGGUUUCUCCACGCAGAGGAGGCACCGCUGGAGGCACCCGGCUCACCAUCAGCGGCUCCGGUUUCAGCACAAACAUGAACGAAGUCAACGUAACCAUCGCCGGAUCUGUGUGUGACGUCCAGUCCGCCAACGAGACACAAAUCAUCUGUGUGACAAACGCCCAGCGCCAGACCCAGGACACCAAAGUCAGAGUCAGCAUCGGAAACAGAGGCAUCGCCAAAAUGGAUGAUGCAGAUUUCUCCUACGUUGACGUGUGGUCGUCCAGGUUCACAUGGGGGGGUCUGGAUCCACCAGGGGAGGGCAUGUUUGCCGUCAUCACUAAAGGCCAGACCAUCCUGCUGGACACUGACACCGCUGUAUUAAAAAUGCUCCUCAUUCAAGGAGGGAAGUUGGUGUUUGAUGAGAAGAACAUCGAGCUGCAGGCAGAGAACAUCCUGAUCACAGAUGGCGGUGUGCUGGAGAUCGGCACCGAGGAGAAGCCGUUCCAACACAAAGCCAUCAUUACUCUUCAUGGAAACGCACGCUCAAAAGAACUUCCUGUUUAUGGCACCAAGACGCUGGCUGUCAGAGAAGGACUCCUGGACCUGCAUGGUAUUCCAGUUCCCGUCCCCUGGACACACCUGGCCCAGACGGCAAACAGCGGCUCCGACACGCUGCAUCUGAAGAAGUCGGUGACGUGGAAAACGGGGGAUGAGAUUGUCAUAGCUUCCACCGGCCACAGACAUAGUCAGAGAGAGAACGAGGUGAGGACGAUCGCCUCAGUGUCCGCUGACGGCAUGACCCUGACCCUGACCACACCGCUGAACUACACUCACCUGGGGGUGUCCGUCACACUGCAUGACGGGACGGUGUUCGAAGGCCGAGCCGAGGUGGGACUGCUGACCCGGAACGUCGUAGUACGAGGAUCUCAACAUCUAGAAUGGAACGAUAAGAUUGAAGCCUGUGAAGAUGGUUUCAACACAGGUGAAUUUGUAACACAGACCUGUUUCCAAGGACGUUUCGGAGAGGACGUCUUCAGCGACCAGUUUGGAGCCUGCAUCAUGAUGCAUGCUCCCAGGCCGAAUGAGAAUCUUGCUAAAGCCAGAAUCGAACAUGUCGAGAUCUUCCAUGCAGGUCAGGCGUUCAGGCUGGGGCGUUAUCCCAUCCACUGGCAUCUAAUGGGAGAUGUCCAAUACAUGUCAUAUGUGAGGGGCUGUGCCAUCCAUCAGACCUUCAACAGGGCUGUAACCAUCCACAACACCCACAACCUCCUGGUGGAGCGCAACGUCAUCUACAACAUCAUGGGUGGAGCCUUCUUCAUCGAGGACGGCAUCGAGACGGGAAACAUCGUGCAGUACAACCUGGCUGUCUUCGUCAAACAGAGCACUAGCCUGCUGAACGACGACGUCACCCCUGCUGCCUACUGGGUCACCAAUCCCAACAACAUCAUCCGCCACAACGCCGCUGCAGGAGGCACCCACUUUGGCUUCUGGUACCGCAUGCAUGACCACCCCGAUGGCCCAUCCUUCGACAGAAACAUCUGUCAGAAGAAGGUUCCCCUCGGGGAGUUUUCCAAUAACACCGUUCACUCCCAGGGCUGGUUCGGCCUCUGGAUCUUCCAGGAGUAUUUCCCCAUGAGAGGCGGCGGCUGCAACUCUAGGACCCCCGAGCCGGCUGUCUUCCAUUCCCUCACCACCUGGAACUGCGAGAAGGGUGCAGAGUGGGUCGAUGUGGGCGCUAUACAGUUUAAGAACUUCGUCAUGGUCAACAACGAAAAAGCUGGCAUUGAGGCGAAGCGCAUUAUCAGAUCAACUGUGAGUGGUUUUGGAGAGGAGGGAGGGGCCACGGUAACUAACUGCACCAUCGUGGGCCACGUCGACGAGCUCGGUCUGGGAGAGGACUACUGCACUCAUGUAGGUGUCAUCGCGCCGUUCGACGACGGCAUGAGCGUCACCGGCACCAAGUUCAUGAACUUCGACCGCAGCUCCUGUGCAGCCAUCGGCGUCACCAAGAUCGACGGGACGUGUUCAGUCCUUUGCGGCGGAUGGGAAGUCAGGUUUAGUGGUAUCGAGUACUUCAACGUGACCAACAGGGGCCGCUUCAGGUGGGAACAUGAGGUGCAGCUGGUGGACACUGACGGCACCCUCACAGGGAAUGUCGACCACAAAGUCGUGGCAAUGAGCAGUUUGUUGGACCCUGCGCACUGUUCCCAGAGCGACAUUUGGAGCUCAGGUUUCCCUGCCGCUGUAUGUGACGAAACUGUCAGCUUCCAUCGCCUGGCGUUCAAUAAUCCAUCACCUUCAUCUCUGGCGGGGAAGGAUGUCAUUUUAACCAAUGAACAUGGCAGCUCUGUGGUUCCAUACGUGAAGAAGAGGAUGACUCAUAAACUGGGCUGGAUGGCUUUACUGCCCUCACGUAAAACCUACAACUGGUACUUCGACGACAUGGACCACAUCACGAACAUCUCCUACACCUCCAAGUUCUACGGGUUUGCGUCGGAUGAGUUUGUGAUCAUCAACCACAACUUCACGCAGAGUCCAGACAGGUUUCAGAUAGUCGAUAAUAGAAACGGGUCAGCGGGGCCUCUGAGCUUCAGCAACAACAGCAACGGUGACUGGUACUUCGACGACAGCUCCAACAACCUCUACUACAUCGGUUAG